AUGGCCGGCACCCCACUGACAAGCGUGGGGCGCUGUUUUACUACGUGGCACCAUCGCGAUGAGUGCGCUCUGCGCCUGUUUCUGGUCCCCCCGGACUUGAGACUUCUUCCCAAGGCGGCAGGUGGGAGUGGGGACGCGGAGGGCGUCCCGGAGGCGGCUGUCGCGCGUCUCCUUCCUGGCCUCAGGGUGAGGUGGCGGCUUGACGAGGCGGCCCCCGCCGGCCACGGGGGGGCUCGCGACGGCAGCCGUGGGUUCGAGUCCCGCUGGGACUUCUCCUCGCUUUCCUCACUUGUGAAGUGGGAGUGUCCCCCCCGGACCCCCGGGCUGCGGCGACCGCUGAGCAAGGCCUCGCGCCGCGCCGGAAGCUCAGCAGCCGCCCCGGGGGCGCCGGGGCACCAGGGGGCUCCAGCUUCUCCUCAGCCCGCGACGCGCGCGUCCUCGGGUGGGCCCGAGGGCCCCCUGGACACGCUGGCCGCGGCUCCCGAAGGCAGCCGGGGCGGUUUGUACCUCAGCACCCCUGUACCUCAGGACCCCAUUCGUGGGGGCCCCAGGGCCCCGCGCUGGCGCUCGCGCCCCCGGCUCCGGCCCACCCCCGAGGAGGAGCUGAGGGCCGCGGUGCUGCAGCUGCGCGAGACCGUCGUGCAGCAGAAGGAGACGCUGGGCGCGCAGCGCGAGGCCAUCCGCGAGCUCACGGGCAAGCUGGCGCGCUGCGAGGGGCUGGCGGGCGGCAAGGCGCCGGGCCGGGCGGCCACGGGCAAGGACACCAUGGGCGAUCUGCCGCGGGACCCCGGCCACGUCGUGGAGCAGCUCAGCCGCUCGCUGCAGACCCUCAAGGACCGCCUGGAGAGCCUCGAGCACCAGCUCAGGGUGAACGUGUCGAACGCCGCGCUGCCCAGCGACUUUCGAGAGGUGCUCCAGCGGCGGCUCGGGGAGCUGGAGAGGCAGCUGCUGCGCAAGGUGGCCGAGCUGGAGGACGAGAAGUCCCUGCUCCACAAUGAGACCUCGGCUCACCGGCAGAAGACGGAGAGCGCCCUGAACGCGCUGCUGCAGAGGGUGACGGAGCUGGAGCGAGGCAACAGUGCGUUCAAGUCGCCCGAUGCGUUCAAAGUGUCCCUCCCUCUCCGCACAAACUACCUGUAUGGCAAGAUCAAGAAGACGCUGCCCGAACUGUACGCCUUCACCAUCUGCCUGUGGCUGCGCUCCAGCGCCUCACCGGGCAUCGGCACCCCGUUCUCUUAUGCAGUGCCCGGGCAGGCCAAUGAGAUCGUGCUGAUCGAGUGGGGCAACAACCCCAUCGAGCUGCUCAUCAACGACAAGGUUGCACAGCUGCCCCUGUUUGUUAGUGAUGGCAAGUGGCACCACAUCUGUGUCACCUGGACGACGCGGGAUGGCAUGUGGGAAGCUUUCCAGGAUGGGGAGAAGCUUGGCACCGGGGAGAACCUGGCUCCUUGGCACCCCAUCAAGCCGGGGGGUGUGCUGAUCCUCGGGCAGGAGCAGGACACUGUUGGGGGCAGGUUUGAUGCCACACAGGCGUUUGUCGGGGAGCUCAGCCAGUUCAACAUAUGGGACCGCGUCCUUCGUGCGCAAGAAAUUGUCAACAUCGCCAACUGCUCCACGAACAUGCCGGGCAACAUCAUCCCCUGGGUGGACAACAACGUCGACGUAUUUGGAGGGGCUUCAAAGUGGCCCGUGGAGACCUGUGAGGAGCGUCUCCUUGACUUGUAGCCACCUUCUCCUCUGUCCGGGAGGCCGGGUGAGGCUGCUCCUGUGGAAGUCCAGGGCCACUUACUCCCCAGUUAGACUGUGUAUAAACCUCCUGCCAGAAUGGGCUGGGGCCCCCAAGGCCCAUUCCCAGGGAAUCUCUAAGACCAAGGCUCUGUGGCAGCAUUCGUCACCGGCUUAUUUGUUCUUUAGCAAGAUUUUGUUGUUUUUCGGGGGGAAGAAGCCCUGAGCCGCAGGUGGGGGAAGGUCUGACUUCCUGCUGUGGGGGCAUUAUAGUCCUUAAGGCCCUGUUCAGAACCCCCUGUAAAUGCUAGUGCACCCCAGCCCUGCCCGCCCUCUCGGAUCCUUGGUGUCUCGUGUGCGCCUUCUGUCCGUCCCCUUUAGAGGCUGUGCAGCCGCCCUGCUGGAGUGGCCGUGUCCCUUGUGUGUUGAGUACAUCCUGCUGUCCACUGAGCACGCAGCAAAGCAGUCCCCCCCGUCGCAGAAGGGCCUUUCUCUUGGUGUUCUUUAUGCUGUGAAUCUUUCCAUCAGAAGAACUCUUGAGCUUGAAGAGGAGGGCAGGCUGCCCAGACAAUGCCCUGCCUUCUCCAAGGUGGAGGGGGCGUCCGUGGCUCCAGAGAGGGGAACUUGGAAUGGAGAAGGGCUGUGGCAGCCGUCCCUCCCCCUCUGUCACCUCUCCCUGAGACCGAUGCUUUGAUGGAGUCAUCACUGGGGUGCAGCUUCGAAAGGCCUCUUCUCUCCACUGGUGCCAAAAGUUCAUUUACAGGCUUCACAACCAUUCGGUAUGGUUUGGGAGAUUUAUUUUUUCCCGACAGAAAAGAGCAGCCAUUAGCAGGCUCCCGUGUUUGAUGUCUUGCCGCACUGUGAGGAACGUGCUAGUUUCAAUUCCUGUUGAUUCCUGGAAGCAUUUGACAGUCUCGAGUAUUUUCCCCAGAACUCGUUCAGGAAAGGGAUGUCAUUUGGCUGAUAUCUGCUCAGUGACUCCAGGCUGCUUAAUUUAUUGGACAGAGGUAGUAAUUUAUUUUAAAGAUAAAGUGAUUAAGUGGGGAAAUUUAUAAAACUAAAUAUUAUAUAUUUUAUUUUUCAUACAUGUUUGAAGUGCAAAUCUGUGGAAAUUCCAUUUGUAGGACCAAGUUGACAUGCCCAUCCUAACAUUGUAUGCUACAGGAACUCUUCUGAUGAUGGAAUUUUGAUUAAAGUGCACUGGAAGAUG